GGGGCGCUGUUGCGCUCUGUUUGUCUGUGAUCUUUGAGAACAUGGUGGAGGGUCAGCAGCCAGUCAAGACAGCAGGACACAACACAACAGAGAUCAAUAUUUAAAGAACUGGAAUAAAGAAGACGGAAUAAACAUGCACAACGACUGUGAUUAAGUUUUGAGUCUUCAGGCAGAUCACGAGAGAGAAGCAAACCGGAUUUUACCACUGGGACUUGUUCUGGGAAAGGAGACCUGAGGUGGAGCUUUAACGCUACUGGAAUCUUAUUGCCUUCAAGCUAGCUGGCUAACACGAGCUUUAGUGUUUGAAUUUGCACGAAAACGGGACUCUGGGAUAUCUCGAGCUGGAAUUUGCACUGACUGCCACUGUCUUGACCACCGUAAUAUCUAACCAUUUGCAUGUAGUUUUAGUCAUGCUCGCCUCUCAUCUUGUAGCUGUAGCAGGUUAGCUAGUCCCCUCAAAAGACCGACUCGUUGGCGAAGCGCAACGCCGAGACCACUGCGCUUACGGUCGGCCUGACGACCAACGCAAUGCGGCGGACUGAAUUAGGCCCUGUCAUAGUUCUAACUUCGGGAAGCUAACGCUAGCUGGACGUGGAAAGGCCCAUUCAAGUGCUUGUUAUCAUUAACUAGUCAGUCCAUUGCACAAGACACAACUCAGAGUCGACGAGCACCUUUAACUUUACUUCUGUACGUUGCUUUCGUUUUUACAAGCCCAACAGCAGAGCUAACCAAUGUCGGGUAAUCUGAUAAUUAGCCAGCUAGUUCCUUAACGAGAAAUGCGAAGCAAACGGUAGCCUUUGGGGUCGUAUGUUGUUUACAGUGUGCUAAAAUGUAAAUUUCUGCCAGUUACAGUUAGCUCCCAAGCGUGUUGGAUUGGGGUGGUAGUUGGAUUUUCUUGCCAGACUGAGGUACGUUAUUUUUUUGUGCAGAAUAAUUUGCAUUGGCUUGCCACAUACAUAUCAACACAGACAUUAAAGCUAUCGAAAUCACGUUGGGUACUCAACGUUAGAUUUUAACAUAUCGCAAUCUAGCUUUUAACAGAGAGACGAGUAUCAUUAAGGUAAUGCUGAUCUUGUAUGGGAUUAUUAGGUCGGCACAGCUGUCGAGAGCCACGCAUGUAAACAAGUCUGUCUGGCUGUGCAGUUGUGGUUAGUUGUGUCAUCGCAGGGUGCCACUAAAUAUCAUUUAAAAUAAUGCUGUACUGUUAAUCUGCACGUCGGUUAUGCGCGUUGAGGCAUAUACUUUGAGUUUAUUAAAACUUAUUAGCUUUACAUAGACACUAAAAAGCAUAAGAGUUGCUGACCUCCUGCAGCAUAGCGAGACAGUCAUUCAUGAUUGAUGACCUCUGAGGAAGCAGACUGUCCUUUAUCCAAUAUCCACUACACCUGAAUCUACAUCAAGCCACUAAUAGCCUUUGUUAUAGUAUUUAUUUUUAACCACUAAUGUGAUCUAGUGAAGAGGAAUACCGAGGACCUUAUUUUUAAGUCCCGCUGACAUCUAACUGGAAACACUGAGGUGGAUGUUAACAUGAGGAGCACUCUAUCUGAUCUGAACCAGCUUCCAAGUAGCCUGAAGAUCUGAUCAAAGCACAGCAUAGAAGCCCCAUUGUGUGGACUGAAACUGACGAGGAAAGAGAUGAUGGGGAUGAUGAUAAAAGAGGCCCAGUGACAGUGUUGAUCCCGCAGCAGGAAGCAGAGGAGUGUCAGAAGGCUGCAGACAUGAGUCUCCGCCAGCCGACCUCUACACUGGACAGGCUCAGCAGUCUGACCAUCGGGGACUCGGAGCGUAAGGCCUCUGCCGCCCAGCAGAGGGAGCCAGCGACCGACAUCCCUAUUGAGAGUGCGGGUCCUGGUCUUGUCCAGAGAUGUGUGGUCGUGCAGAAGGACCAGCUCGGUUUUGGCUUCACAGUGUGUGGAGAGAGGGUCAAGCUAGUGCAGAAUGUCCGACCAGGUGGUGCAGCAGUGAAGGCUGGAGUCCAAGAAGGGGACAGAAUCAUAAAGGUGAACGGCUCACUGGUGUCCUCCAUGUCCCAUCAGGAGGUCGUAAAGCUCAUCAAGUCUGGAACGUACGUAGCUCUGACGCUACAGGGACCGCCCCCUUCAACUGCCUCCUUGCCCCUAGAGCCCCUCCCCACUGACCUCACACCCAGUCAAAAGACGUCUCUGGGUGGGGAGGCUCCACCCCCUCCACCUCCACCCUUGCCCUCUGGACUGAGCAGCACCCCCUCCCAAAGAAUCACUGGACCCAAACCACUACAGGACCCAGAAGUACAGAAACAUGCAACUCAGAUACUCAGGAAAAUGCUGGAGCAGGAAGAGGCUGAACUGCAGGACUUGAUAGAGGAGAUGCUCAAGAACCCAUCGCCAUCGCUGGAGGAGCGUAUUGAAAGUGCCAGGAGGAGAGCUCACCAAGUCAGGGUCAAGAUUCAGCAGGAUGUGGAGGGAACGCGAUCAGAGUCUGUCACAAACUACGUCAUUGCAGGAGAAGGUCGGCUGUCCAUGGACUCGAGCGAAGGAGACGUGGAGGCCUAUGAGAGUCCCCACUCCUCCCCCUCAUCCACCUUCAGGACCCCCCUACACCGACGGCAGAACUCCGACACACACACCCAGCCUGAUUCGGGUGGAAAGGCCCAGAUCAUCGGCCCAGAGGAAGAGGAUGAAGAAGAUGAUGGCUAUGCAUUUAAUGAGAUGGACGGUCCUUUCCAGGACAUCGAGUUGUUGAAGUCACGUCCGGCGCACAUGGCCGUGUUCAUGAGAUACGUCUUCACCCAGCUUCUGGACCCCAACCCUCUGCUGUUUUACCUGUCGGUGGAGGCCUACCUGGGUUCCAGUCCUAAAGACGCCCGUGCGCUUGCACCUCAGAUCUGCUCUCAUUUCCUGGACCCGGAUGCUCCCCUAAAAAUCAAAGCACGAGAGGAGUAUCUCACAGAUAUAGAAAGUCGGCUUCAUGCUCAGGAGGACAUCAGAGGACCUCUGUCUGAGCUGCAGCAGCAGGUGCUGCCAGACAUCCAGGACCAGAUACAGGACUACAGGAACAAGCAGAUGAUAGGGCUCGGUUCUCUGUUUGGAGAAGGAGACCUGCAGCAGCUGGAUGGGGACCCUGUGAAGGAGAGACAGGUGGUUGACAGACAGGUCACCGCCCUCUGGGAAAUACUAUCAAAGCACGAAGAGGACAGAAGUUCUCCGCUGGCGUCAGCCGUGCUCCUGUACCUGCGUCAUUCUGGUAUCAAGCUAAGAGACUCCAAGGUCUUCCCUGGUCUGAGCACAGAGAAGGAGAAGUGGCUUCCUUUCUUAAAGACGAAAAAGCUGAGUGGCAUCAAGAAAGAGAAAGAUGGAGAGGAUAAAAAGAGAAACCCCAUCCUGAAGUACAUUGGCAAACCCCGAACCACAUCCCAGUCCACGUUCCAUGUCCCGUUGUCGCCCACUGAAGUCCGUCCCGGCAGUGUGAGGAACAUCAUUCAGCAGUUUGAGAAUCACACGGAGACGGUGGGAGAGGAGGGGGGUGACGCGGCCGACCCCCAGAGGCUCUCCUCCAGCAGCCUGGGAGAAGACAGCAUGGAGAGCCCUACGGUUUCAGGGCGUCUGGCACGUAGCGAGUCAUUAAAAGCUCAGGGAGAAGGGCGUCGGCGGGGCGUUGCCUCAGGGACGGAGUCUGUGCCUCGCUCUCGUAGCGACGUAGACAUGGAGGACUGCGGGGAGGAGAGGGAGGGGCCGGGCCUCAGGCCGCUGCAGCACAGCGCCUCGUCAUCUGCAUCCAGCAGCUCCGCGCGGUCUCUAGAGAACCCUACACCCCCAUACACCCCUCGAUCUAGACGCAGGAGUGUGGACUCACCUUUGGCGCUGCUGCCAGACAGUGUGGCUCUGGAGGAGGACUUGUGCGACAGUCAGAACUGGCAGGACACAGUUCCUCCUCAGCUCCUCUCCACGCUCAGUCCGAGGGAGGUGGAAAGACAGGCCGUCAUAUACGAGCUGUUCACCACCGAGGUGUCCCACCUGCGGACCUUGAGGGUCCUGGACCAGGUCUUUUUCCAGAAGAUGAGGUCUGUGCUGAACUCUGAUGAACUGGCCUGCAUCUUCCCCAACCUGCCUCAGGUGUAUGAGCUCCACGCAAGUCUGUGUGAGGCAAUGAAGAAGCGCAGAGAAACUCCCAUCGUUCAGGACAUCGGGGACGUCAUGCUGGCCAGCUUUGAAGGGACGGCUGGAGACGAGUUCCAGGAACAAGCGUCCCAGCUGUGCAGCCAGCUGUCUCAGGCCCUGGAGCUCAUCAAGAACAAGAAACGUAAAGACCCUCGCUUCGCUCAUGUCAUCCAGGAGUGUGAAGCGAGUCCUCACUGUCGGAGGCUUCAGCUCAAAGACAUGCUGGUGUCAGAGAUGCAAAGACUCACCAAGUACCCCCUGCUGCUGGACAACAUCAUUAUACACACAGAGGCUGGCGCAUCAGACCUCCCCUUCCUUCAACGCGCCAAGGCAUGUUGCAGAGGAAUACUGCAGGCUGUCAACGAGGUUGUCAGGGAAACUGAACACCGGCAACGCCUCAGCCAGUACCAACGCAGGAUUGACGCUGCUCCUCAAUUCAAGAGUCUGGACUUCUCCACGAAGAGACUUAUUCAUGAAGGUCCUCUCACGUGGAGAAUCAGCAAAGAUAAGCAGAUAGAGAUUCAAGCGCUGCUGCUGUCAGACUGCCUGGUCCUUCUGCAUCGGGGCCCGGACGACCGGCUGCAGCUGAGGUAUCCAUCCCGCUGGCUGAGUGGAGGCGGAGGAGGCACUGGAGACAGCAAGACCUCCUUCAGCCCUCUGGUGAUGCUGGACUCGGUGCUGGUCCGCCCAGUAGCAACAAGCAAAAGAGCCCUGUAUGUGAUCAGCACCACAGAGAGGCAGAUCUACGAGCUGGUGGCCGGGACGCCUUCAGAGAAAAACACCUGGAAAGAUUUACUUGAAAAGACCAUCUCCUUGGCAGGCGGUUCAUCACCCCCGAUCAAUCACAGAUCCAUGCCUAUAUCUUCCCCCAGCCUAAACAAUGCGUCCCCAGUCUCAACUGACAGUAACGUCUAUGAAGAAAACUCCAUGACAGAGCAGUCAGACUCCAUGGAGUCUCGUUCCAACGACGACAUUGUGCUCUCAGCCAACUUGCCAUCAGACCAAUCAGAAACACAAGCAGCUGGUGUGGCAGAGGCCGCUUUACAAGACGUUGAAACACUGAGGCAGCUCAUACUGCGAGAUUUGGAAGAGGAUGGCUGGAGCCACGAUUCAGAUGACACGCCCACCAACGAGACGGCCAAUGAAAGGAACUCGUUCACCGAGCGGCAGCGGCCAGAAUCUCUGGAGACAAUCCUCAACUUCUGCACGGACGACUGGGAGGCCGAGCCUGAAGAGGUCCAGCCCUCGGACGUGGAGCCGUCCAGCGUUCAGGUCGUGAGGAAAGCUGUGGUUGCGGGUAUUUCUUCUUCUUCCUCUGUCCCUGACGACAUCACUGAUGAUGUCACGCUCCCCUCCGACCAAUCAUCCAAGCUGAGAGGCGAGGCCACUGCGCAGGGGAACACGUUCUACCUAGUAAUGCCUACAGAACAGGGGGAGAGCGUCACAGACGAUCCCAGCGACCCUCCCACGCCCACCGCCAGCCACUUCCCUCAGCCUGUGGAGGAAGUGACGUCACCCCAGACACAGCCGGAGGAGGACACGGCCUCCUGCCGUCCUGAGCCCAACCAGGCAGAGGCUGUGCAACAGGAACAAGAAGAAAUGGGCCAAUCACAGGCCGGACACCACAGCCACGUGAUCAAAAAUGUGGAUGAGAUUUUUCACACACUUGAGGGGUUAAUGAGCAAGUUGAGACAGCUGAAGGAAAUAGAAAAGGCCCAUCACGAGCUUUUGAAAACCCUCAGAGAGCCGCCUGUCAAUCAUGAGACAGAGGACCAACAGUGUCCCUCGGCAACUGUCUCCAGAACACCAUCUCUGGAUCGCGGCUCAGGAGACGGCAAGGAGGGCAGUCCAGCAGAGCCCAAGAUUCUGUCGACAGGAUUCUGACGUAACCGCAGAGUGGAUUUACUUGCAGUCGCUCAGUCUUGACUGGCGGCACACGGACACGCUCACAAGUCAGACUCGUGUGCCUCAGCCCUCCCCUCAUCCCUGCAUGCACUGGCCAGUGGAACAGAGCCCAGCCAGGACCAUGGCUGUUGUUUUGUUAUCUACUGUUGGACAGACUCGCUGGGGUUUCAGAGGUCAGCACAACCUCUGACUUCUUGCAGAGCAUGAAGGAGUCCAGCACAGGAGUGAGGGGAAAAAAAGUAUGAAGGAACAAAAGACAAAUAAAGGCAGAAGACAAGUUGACUGGCGAAAGAAAAGUUUGGAAGAAUGGAAAGUGGAAAAAACGACGGAUAUUUGUGAAGGAAAGUGAGUUGUACGUCUUUGCUUUAAAGAGCUGGUUGAAGGAACGGAGCAGAAAAGUGUUGAAAUGUUAAUUUAUGGAAAAAUCCGAGGGAACCGUCACCCCUGCACUUUACCCACAAUGCAUCCCUCUGUCAUGUACGUCCUCUGCAGUGGACGGAUCAGGGACUGGAGAUGCCACUGGCCUCUGGGGGUCCCCCCACCCCCACACACAUCGGUUGCUUCACACUGAGUUCACUUGCCACCACGGCCGAAGGACUGUGUCUAUAUAAUUCAGGUUAUUUGCACUGGGUAAGGAAACCAAUAUCACACACAUACACAUCAUUUAAUUGUAUCAUUCAUCUCAGACCUUCAUAUCCUCCCACUGUGGUGGGAACACUUGUAGUUAUUGUCAUUUGGCAUUAUUAUCAUAUUCAUCCUUAAGCCGUCUUUUAAGCUGCGAGAUGGCUGUUUGGAAGCAUCAGUGCAACACAUUGAUUAUUGCGUGGUUCAUGUUGAUUGUUCUGUUUUUUGGAAACACUACUGCGCUGUUUACUACUGAAAUGCUGGCAGGUUUUUCUUUGCAGCGCUGCUUCAGAGGCGCACAGGGAUCCUCAGUGAUUUAACAUAACGAGCUCAGCGGAUUCAGCAGCUGUUCUGAUCAAGCCAAGUCGUUUAGGUUGACAUUCAGGGCGUUUUUUUCGGGGGAGGGGGGGGACAGGAAGGCAGCGUUCGAGACAAGCAGUGUUGACGACGAGUGAGAAGAAACAAGGACGAAUGCAGGUUGAAACUUGGAAACUUGAAUUUUCACUCAAGACCUGUUUGUAACUCACAUCGCUGCCAAAUAUCACCGCGGACGUUGCCUGUCUACACUUUAGCCCUCUCCCCAGUGUAUUGUGUGUAUUAACCCCACGGGAAGUACUGUGAACCAGCAGCGUAUCCCCUCUCCCAUCCACUACUCAUACCACACAUAGUGUUUAUAUCCACGUAGCCCACAGCCAAAGUUAUGAAAGGACUGCACUCUUUACCAAGUAGCUUUCCAGAGAGAGCGAGAUCCACUCCCCACUCCUGCACAGAAUAACUAUUAUUUACUGGGAAAAACUUUGUAAAAUGUAAUUUUAAACCCUCAUGCUUACGCACGUGGUCCAAGUUCAAAUGUAACUGCUACAAGAAGCUGUGAUGGCAGCACAGUUGGCAAAAAUGAAUUUGAAGGAAUACUUUGAAAAUUUGGGGUAAAUUGUUGCAGCUGAUUAGCUUAGUUUAGCAUAAAAGUUCAAAACAAGGGGAAACAGGUGGACAAACUCCACCCAGCAGCACGUCCACAGCUCACAAACGAAUAUGUUAUGUCUCAUUAAGAAACUACUGCGCCUGGCUAAGAAUUUCUUUGGCGCAAUAAAACCUUCACAAAACCACCGUGUGAUUAAACAAUACGUGUCAUGUUAGUUAGUGCCCUUUAGGGGCAGUUGUAGGCAGAUAUUCAUACCUGUCUAGCUGUUCCCCCCCUCUGUAUCCUGUCUUUACGCUAAGCUAAGCUAAGCUGCUACACACACAAGAGCAGCAUUGUUCGAGCUAACAAUCUGCAAACAAGUGAAUAAGCAUAUCUCCCAAAAUGUCAAACUAUUCCUUUAACUAUUUAUGGAUCGUGUGGGAGCAAUUUAAUGUCCACGACAUGCAGUUUCUUUACGCCUGGGUUUAGGCAUGUGUAACCAGCAAAGACUGACAAGCCAAGUGCUUUUCUUUUUUUUUUUUGUUUUGUCUUUCUCCAUCAGAACUAAUUGUCACACACACACACACACAAGGCAGAAAACAAACAUUUAAACAUUCAUACGAAGGAAGAACUACUUUUUCCUCCUUUUUUUAUGAAGCAGGGCAGAAUCACACCGGACAGAAUUUUAUUUGAGCGGGUUUCAAAUACUAAGUGAAGAGCAGCUUCAGAGCUGACAGGACACUACAAACAGUGAACCGAACCAGGAGCCAAGCACAUUCACACACUACCAGCCACUCACUCUGAUAUUUAAAACGACAUUUCACUGCCUGGUGGAAGGUUUUCACUCUUUAGCCUAAAGUCGUCUAUGAGAAGUGUAGCUUGGCUGUCUGGCACAUGUGAAAGGGGAAAGAAAAUGAAUUGCAGCAUUAAGUGGGAGCUCCUGGCAGCUGAUUUUAGCAGCUGUAUGAACUUGGGGGAUUUGUGCUAAAGGUUAAAAAUGAUCUACCAAAGUGAAAUGUCUCUUCAGCGCUGUUCAAGGGUUUGUUUUCUCAACGUUUCGGCUGCUGAUUUUCAAACAUCUCAGACGUUUAGCUUGUGAAAAUCAAAAGAUAUCCCAUAGUAUGAACACUAAGCACAUCAUCGCAUGUGUUGAACAUGUUGUCCACAUUAGACUCAAAACAAAACCAGAAGGUCUGAGCCGGUUCAAUCAGGAUCUCUUCUUCUCCGAUCAUCUUUCCUCUCACCUCUUAACUACAGCGUUUUUAUUUCCCAUCUUUGUUCAUUUCUUCUCCGAUUUCUACCUCUACUCUUCAGUUUCUUUGUACUUCUUUGUUUCUUCAUACAUUUAUCUUGUGCAUCGACAUCAGCGUUGAAGCCCUAAAGGCUGUAAAAAAGAAAAAAAAACUAUAACUGAUUCCUUUUUUAAAAAAGAAACAAAAAACAAAUGUUGCACAAACUUCCCUGCACGGUGCAAACUACUGUAUGCAUACACACGUCUUUAACUAUCAUCUCAUUGUCUUUAUUUUGUUUCAUUUUUUCUUUUAAAUCUUGUUCACUCAUGUAAUAUAGAGAUCAGACCCACUUGUUUUAUAUAUGUUAAUUUUUUUCUGUAAAGCCUUAGUCCUCGUAUUUGAUUUUAUUUUUGUAGAUAUGAUUAAAAGAAAAGGAUGUAUAAAUUAUUUUUUUCUCCCUUGUUUUUAAGAUCGGUGAGAUUGUUUAGCAGCACAGAAGGAAGGAAAAGAGUUUGUGUCUCAGAUUCAUGUGUUUUGUGAGAUUAAAAAGAAACUGGGUAAAGAAAAUGA